CCUCUGAGGAUUGCGACAGCAGCUGCCCGAUUGUGCAACCCUCCUGCCCUAUAAAUACGGAGGCGCUGCAGCCUCGGGAAACUGUCAGCUCAGCCUCCAAGGAGCCGCACCUCCACCUGCCGCCCCAGCCCAGCCUGGCAGCCACCAUGAAGGUUUUGUACUUGCUGCUGCUGCCUCUCUGCUUCCUCUUCUCCCAGAUAGCCCCAGGUGCGGGCAUCAUGGCCGUGUUCCACAGGUACCCGGAAUACGUGUGCGCCAAGAAGGGGGGGACCUGCAACUUCUCCCCGUGCCCGCGCUUCACCAGGAUCGAGGGUUCCUGCUACCAGGGGCGAGCCAAGUGCUGCGUCUGAGCGGGGCGCCGCGCACCCGCGGGCCCUCUCUGUAAGCAUUGUUUUAGUGAAAGAAAAAGCCCUUUCUUUUUUUUUCUUCAACAUCCCUCUUUCGGACCAAAAUGAAUCUGGUGUCUCCUUUUGGAAGACGUGAGGAGGCAGGGGGACUAGGAGUGAGGCGCGCCGGGCCGCCAAGCCCGCGAGCCCCGCACGGGGGCGCUCUCCUCGUCACCUCCUCCUCGUUUCCAGACCAAACCGGCACGUGAGCGAUGCAAGGAGUCCAAACGCCGUGGAGAAGACGUGACGAGGGGACAGCCGACUUCAGGCCCUGCUGGGCCGGGCAGGAGCCCACCCCAAAUCCAGUGCUCGCAGGGGCCUGGCCCCUCCGCAGAGCUACAGCUGCCACCUGCCUCCUUCCCGGGCCUGGGGCCGCGGGGCAGUCCAGCUUAGCAGCUGAAAACUUCCAGUUUGACCAUAAAACGAUUCGGCUUCAGCUCCGCGCUCUAGGCCUAACGUCUGAGUUCCCAGGGGAUGGUUUCUGACUCUUCUGCAAUCGCUUAGCCAAGUCACAGGUGUCUUACGAGCCCCCGCUGGGAGCCCCGCCCCCGGCGCAGCGCUCGCUCGUGCCUGCCUGCCUGCAGCGCACCUGAGCCCGCGCCCACCUGUGGGUGGAGAGAUGGUCCGCCUUCCCUUUCUCCCAAUAAAUAUUUUGCAGCUG